UUAUUAUUCGUCGUAUUUCUUCAACAAUUAAGUAACUAAAACAUAACUUCUUUUGACGUAAAGCUGAACGAACAUCAACAUUUUCUAUCUUAUUUACGACAGUAAUAUUUAUUAGUGUAAAUUCAAGAUAUUUACAAUUUUUUAAAAGCAAUCAUGAGCAUAAAAGAAUUUUACGCCGGAUGUAAUAUUUUCAUAACAGGCGGGACCGGAUUCAUGGGCAAAGUUUUGAUUGAAAAACUACUGCGAUCGUGUCCGGGUAUCAAAAACAUAUAUGUUUUGAUGAGACAUCGCAAAAAUAAAUGUAUAACUACCAGAGUAAAAGACAUGUUGACGUUACCGCUGUUCGACAGAAUUAACACAGAGCAACCCGGUGUCGCAGAAAAGAAAAUAAUUCCUGUACUUGGGGACAUGAGUGAAAUUAAUUUGGGAAUAAGUGAUGACGAUUACGAUAUGUUGGUUCGCAACGUUUCGAUUGUUUUUCACGUCGCAGCAACAGUUCGGUUUGACGAGCCUCUUCAAGAAGCGAUUAUCAAAAAUGUAAGAGGAACACGAGAAGUUGUAAAAUUAUCUGGACAAAUGAAAAACCUCAUUGUAUUUUUACACGUAUCAACGACCUACUGCAAUUGUAACAGAGUUUAUGUGGAUGAAAAAGUGUAUGAAUCGCCUAUCAGUUGGCAGGAUGCAAUUUCGAUUGCAGAAAACUUGGAUCCCAAAUUGUCUGAAAUUUUCUCGAAAAAAUUCUUGGGAUCGUUUCCGAAUACGUACACAUUAUCAAAAUUAUUGGCCGAGCAAAUAAUCAAAGAUAAAUCGAACAGGUCGGAUCAUAACAGUUAUAUGCCAAUGGUCAUAUUCAGACCGUCGAUAGUUAUAUCUUCGGUAGAAGAGCCUGUAGCCGGAUGGAUAGAUAAUAUUAAUGGACCGAUCGGCCUCAUGUUAGCUGCUGGUAAAGGCCUAAUACAAGUCACUCUGGCUGAUAAAAAUGCAGCUCCAGACUUCAUGCCCGUCGACUUAUCAAUUAAGGCGAUGAUACUGGCCGCUUAUCAUCGUGGGACACACAAGACACCGCGUAAGGCGUGGUUGCAGUUCAGCUACUACAGGGAACACCAAUAACACUGCUUAAUAUAUUAUUGAAUAGCAUACACUAAAAUUUAGUAUAAUAUUUAUUAUCUUUCUCUGUGCCAGCAAUGUUUAAAUCCUACUCCUAAAAAUUUAAAGUCACUUACAUGUAAAUAAAUAAAAUAUAAAAAAGGUAGACAACUGGGUACCGUCUUGCUGUACAUUAUAGUUGUCGAGUGGGUCACUGUAACGGGUGGGUUAAAUUAGAAUUCAAUUAUUAUACAUCAUUGUAAUCGAAAAAGAGUGAAAAAUACAAACGGAGACGAUCUGUCAGCCUAUAUUGUUAAGUAUAUUCCAUGAUGUUAUGUUUUUG